AGAACACUCAGAUAGUUAGAUUGAAGGAAUUCAAGAUGGAGCUUGCUAUAUCUGCAGUAACAGGUGAACUCGUGAGCCGAUUCAUCUCACUCCUCGCCAACAAGUACCACUCCAGAUGCGCAUGCUCGGAAGAGAAGCAGCUGAAAAGGCUACAACAACUCUUGCUGAGAGUUGGCAUGGUCAUCGAGGAGGCAGACUCGCGAUACAUAGCCAAUUCAUGCAUGCUCAUGCAGCUGAAGACGCUAGCGGCAGCCAUGUACCGAGGCCAUCAUGUGCUUGACACCAUCAGGUCCAUGAAACACAGGGAGUUCUCAGAGGAACCGGUAUGGGACUCAUCUGCCUUAUCUGUUUCUUCUACUCCUUACAAACGUUCUCGCACGAUCGAUAGUAGUAGAGCUACAGACAUGGUUAUGAUCAACUCCGAGUUACAGAGUGCACUGCAAAACCUAGAGGCUGGUGUUGCCAACAUGGUGGAGUUUACCGUGCUUUUGGGCGGAUGUGAGCGCAUCUCCCGCAGGCCCUAUGACGCCUAUCUUUACAUCGACAAUUUCAUGUUUGGUCGGCAUGUCGAGAAGCAGAAGAUCAUGAGGUUCUUGCUGGAACACAACUCGCCUGCUCCUCUGUCCGUGCUUCCAGUCAUUGGUGGCAAUGGAGUUGGGAAGAAAACUCUUGUCGCCCGUGUAUGCGACGACGAGAGGGGAAGACAUUGGUGGUGAUCGAGUUUGCUUCAGAUGUAGAUGAAGAUGAUUGGGCAACAUUUCAUCGUUCUAUCACGAACAUGGACAGAGGAAGCAAGGUGAUA